CGCCACUGUCACGUUGUCACGCCAGUCUUAUACAUUUGUUCCCAGUCAUCCUCGUUCUAUGUCAUAGACAACAGAAUUCCUCAUCAAACACACAAUGUUCCUUCGACGGGCAUAUGGACGGCUAUACGCCACCACUUUUCGUCGGAUUACAGGUAAAUACAGAAAAAACUCAUAUAAAAUCUUAUACUAAUAAGUUUUGUGAAGAAAACGACCAAUCCACGUGAAGGAUUGGUCGAUCGUCUCUUUGUUCCCUCGCUUGAGUGAUCUGAACCACGAGCAAGAUCAUAAAAUCAACGUUACUUCAAGCCGUUACACAGGAGCUUAUUCGCAGAGAACCCAACCAUUUGGAAGCCUUUACAUAAAACAGUGGUACAGAGUAUUUGCAUUGAGCUGGUGGAGUGCACCUCCCUAGCUAUUAAACUCACGUACGCUGACUGUGUGACCAUGCGCCACUCGGACGUUCCAAGUAAAAUAGCAAGUCACGAAAUUAACGGGAAGUAAACCUGCUUUUAUUUCACAAUUCAACCACUUUUUGAUGUGCCCUUUUAGAGCAGAAGAUAACAUGUGUUUUACUGGAAAACAGAAGGUAAAGGGGGGGUGUACGUUGUUGUGGUACUCGUUGGGAAGGGGGGGGGGAGGGGGGAGUGUUGGCUUCUGUAACACCACGCUAUGAAAAGGAGAGGGAAGCCAAAUGUAUAACUGUUUGGUUAUAUCGUGAUUUGUAAAUAGGCGCUUUACAAAAGUGAUUGUGAUGACAAAGUUUGGGGAUUUCCCUAAAUUGGUCUUUUUUAAUAGUUUAUAUGAGCCUGAGGGCUAAUUAUCAUGCCAUUUGAAUCAGUCAUCCACAUACUCCCUUUUACAUAUCUUAAAAAUGAUUUUUUUCUCAACUGAGGGAAAGAGAUCUAAGGGGUUUUCUGAAACUAACUGUAGUUUCAAUAAGUUGUUAAUGGCAACAAAAGGUUUGGUUAAGAACUUGUUUGUAUUUUGUGCCAGUUUGUUUUGUUCCUAAUUUCCUCCUAUUUUUUUGUAAAACAAACUUUGUUAGGUUUCUAAUGAAAGUCAUCUUAGUUUGACCUUAAAGAAGGAACAAGUUGCUUGCUUCUGAGAUAUGUGCUUUCUCUGAGGGAAAAGCUUACAUUUUUAAUGUGCUGUAAAAAUGUUUUAAUCUGACACAUGAGGGGUUUAGCAUUAUGAAAUUAUUUAAACUGGCUAUUAUGUAGACCUUAAACAGGUUAAGUGACAUAUAAAUUUUUUUAUGUCAUUUUGGCUGCUAUUGGAGACUAAUUUUGGCAGAUUUUUUUGGGUGUUUCCAAGACUUCUUUUACUACUAACUUCUUUUUUUUUAAUACUCCUACCACUGCUGCUGCUACUAUUUACUACUACUACUACUGCCACAGUGUUUUAAAUAGAGUAUUUUUAAAUGGGCUUAAUUUUGCAGAAUUAAUCUUUUUAUUCAUUUUUUUUCUUUAACUUUCUUUAACAAGUGGCAAGGAUGUCUGUAAAACUUUGUUUGCCUCUUCCUUCUUACAAAGUGUCAUGUUAAAUAUUUGCCCAUUAAUGUUGUUUCAGAGAAACUGGGUGAAAGGCUUACUUCAACACAAGCCACCAAACAGAAGGUAAUUUAACAGAAAAAGGAAAGUAAUGUGGAAGUGCUUAUUAAAACUACUGUUCCACAGCAAAACCUCAGCUUGAAAGCUAAAAAACACAGGUAUAGGUAGUGAUUGAUCAAAAGAAGGGCCGGAACAUCUUUCUUUGGUUUGACAGUAAAACAUAAUUAUGUUAGUCUUUAUGUCUGAUCAAUAGCAAAUGCGCAGUUUACAUGGCCAGGUUAAAUCGUGCUGUUUUUGACAGUAAUGUAGUGGUUAAGUCCGAUUUCCAGACAUUUUGCUUAACCACAUUCCUGUCUGGAGAAGAAUGCAAACCAGACCCCCAAAAAGGAAGGAAAAUCUAGCAUGGAUGUUAAAAGAUAACAGCAAUCAAACUAAUAGACAAUAAUCUUAGGUAAGUAAGUAAGUAAGUAAGAACUUUAUUAUUGUGUCAAGGUUGCUUGGGAACACCUACCACCUACUUGUUUAAUAGUCAAUAAAACAAUCUAAUAAUCAAUAAAAUAUGAAAUGUAUAUCAGGUUUGGACCAAAGGACAGGGCCUUGGUAGGUCAGGCUAUGUCUGCCAUAAGCAACCGUCUGAAAUCUAGUUAUGACGAAAUUAUGAUUUCGAAGAUGAUACAGCUGAGAACUGGUAACAACACCCUUGGUUGUAUUUAAAAUAGCACAUGGGCUAGUGGGUCAACACAACAAUAUGAUAAUUUAAACAAAAAUAUUAAGGUAAUAAAUCCCAACUGGUAGGAGGGAAACCAGCUGGUUAUCUACAAGCGUGGUGAAGCAGUUAGUCCUGGAACUUCUGAGAAACAAUCACAGUAGUAGUUGGUAGGGGAUUUGAACCUCAGACAUCUGGUUUGCAAAUCCAUUCUACGUACUAAUCAACCAAUUUGAGACUUUUUAAACUUUUUCUUGUUCUAAUAAAUACAUUAUUUCAGUAGAUAGUUUACCUGAAAAAUUGAGAAGUUUUUUGCAGUGAUAUUUUAUAAUUUUCCAGAAAACCACUCAGCUCAAGAAAAUGAUACAAUCCCCUGAUGUUGAAUUCAUUAUGGAGGCACAUAAUGGACUAAGUGCAAAAAUAGUGCAAGAGGCUGGUAAGUAUUUGACAUUCUUUGUCAAUCAGGAAGUAACUCAUUUAAAGUAUUUCUUAAAUAUCUUAAAUUCUACCCUGAGUAUCUGGCUUUCUUUUCUUGGGGAAUUACGAGGAAGCAAGAAAAGAAAGCCCUCCCCUCUCACUCUCCCUCUGUCCCUCUCUGCAAGGAGGGCCUGAUACUCAGGUUACAUAAAUUCCUUAAGAAAUGCCCCCAAAAUUACUUGAUUCCCUUCCCCCCGUAAAUAACAUAACACUUAUGUUAUUGGCAGUGGGAGGGUGGGUGGUAGCUCUAAUCCCCUAACCUCUUAAUCUAAUCAAUAGUAACACUGUCUUUUGCCCAAGUUAGUAAUCAAUCAUUAAUUAUAUUUUAGUUUAUCCUAGGUGAGUAACUCCUUAUGAGGAACAUGUCUGGCAGAGUGAUUACUAGAAAAUGCAUAGAUUCAGGCAGGAAAACAACAGUGUAACAUAUACUGGGUUUAAUGAAUAUUAUCAAACAUAAUCACAUGAAUAAAUCACUGAAAGGAACUCUUCUGCAGCCUCAGUUUUAUCAUUUCCUAAUACUGAUAUUAUUUUUUAGGGUUUAAGGGUAUCUGGGGUAGCGGUUUAUCGAUAUCUGCUCAGCUUGGUGUGCGUGACAGUAAUGAAGCAUCAUGGACUCAAGUUAUGGAGGUCAUGGAAUUCAUGAGUGAUGCCACAGACAUCCCAAUCUUAUUAGAUGCUGACACUGGCUAUGGAAACUUCAACAAUGCUCGUCGUUUGGUGACAAAGCUUGAACAAAGAGGUGUUGCAGGGGCUUGCAUUGAGGAUAAAUUGUUCCCCAAGACUAACUCUUUGUUGGAUGGCAGAGCACAGCCUCUUGCUGAUAUUGAUGAGUUCUGUGCAAAGAUUAGAGCAUGCAAAGGUACAAUAAUAAUGUUAUUUGUGGUGACACAAUUUUAUUAUUUUGUUCGCACAUAUACUUAAAGGCUAGCGUAGAACAGUUGUUGAAAAAAAUUCAUUUAUAACUGUACAAAGUGGCAGCUUUUAAUUUCUCUACCGCAUACUUUAGACUUGUUUCACUCAGCCCAUAUCUCUUAGGGAAUUUUACACAUGCAGCAAACAAGGCAGUGGAAAAAUUUUUAAAGGAAACAAGUGUUUUAAUUUAUUAUAGGAAUACUCAGCAACUGAUUUGUAAUUUCAUACAAUAACUAGAGAUCAAUAAGCCUUAGUUAUAAAGAUGUUUGUUACUUGUCAAGUGCUUUAUUUCAGACUACAUAUACCCAGCUUUUUGAUAAGUCUAAAGUUAUUAAAGUAACAAGCCAUUUUUUUCUACAGAUACACAGUCUGAUCCAGAUUUUUGCAUUGUUGCCAGAGUGGAGGCAUUCAUUGCUGGCUGGGGUCUGGAAGAAGCCCUAAAACGAUCUGAGGCUUAUCUCAAUGCUGGAGCUGAUGCUAUCUUAAUGCACAGCAAGAAAUCCGACCCUUCAGACAUUGAGUCAUUUGUUAAAGCUUGGAACAACCAGGUAAGAAGUUUACCUUUGUGAUUUGUUUUGUUUGACCACAAACUGUCACAACUGAAAGCACCAUCAACCCAACUGCUUUGUUGAGAGACAUUUUACAGACGUCAAUUUAAAAGUGAAGUCUUAAGUAAAGAAUGGAUAUAAUCUUGUCAACAAGUCAUCGCAAAGGAUGACUUGGCAGGCCGGGGAAGAUAUAGAGGCAAUGAAAUCGAAAAAUAUAGUAUGAGAAUGAAUAAUUCAUCAUUAAUAUUAUGUUAAUGAUGUUAAACUAUUUUUAAUAUUUAUUAUCAUUAUUGUUGACAGGGUCCAGUUGUAAUAGUUCCUACCAAGUAUUACACGGUGCCAACAGACGUAUUUAGGGAAUGGGGUAUAUCACUGGUGAUCUGGGCUAAUCACAACCUGAGAGCAUCAGUAACUGCAAUGCAAGAUGUUACCCAGCAAAUAUACAAAGAUCAGUCAUUAGUUAAUGUGGAAAAGAAGGUACAUUGAUUUGUUUGACUAUUGGAACAUGUGUAUUCAAGACAAAUGAAUAAGAGUGUGCCUCAGAGUGCCAAUAAAUGUUUGCUCUAGCUACAAUCGGCAACAAAAUUGUUGAGCCAUUGUACUUAAAUAGGGUGACUUCGGAGAACAAAAGAAUCCGCACCCCUCCCCUGUCCCCUCCAUUCAAAGUUGGGGUGUUUGUUGUUUUCUAUAGGUAGCUAGAACAAGGGCACAACAUUGCACGGAGGGGAUGGGGAAGGAAAGCUAUAUUUCCUCCUUUUGAAGUUCAUAAAACGUAAAAAAGCCCACUUUUGGGCGAAGUGUCUCAACUCAUUUUGUCGCCGAUUGUCUGAACCGAAAUCUUUGCGCUGUUGUCCUAUUAGCAAAGGUUAGGAGACGGUAACUGGUUGAGAUUACUAUAUUCACCGGGUUGUUUUUCAGAAGAUAGUUAAGAUACCCAUAUAAUCCGUUUCCUGUGUUUUUCGAGGAAAAAUUAGUUUUGACAAUCUUUGUACUCGGUAGAUAUUCCAAGUAAUUACGCAGCAUACCCACGUACAGAAUGAUUGAUUUUCCUCUGGUAACUAAGUGUGAUCGGUAGGAAUCGAUGGCAGAUAAUAUAUUGUAUUUGAAUAUAUCCCUAGUAAGUUGGAAGUGUUUAUUGGAAGUUUGGCUAUUUGAUAAGGGUGGGAUGGACGAUAAAAUAGCCAUGAUUGCUAUGCGCAGGAGAAUGUUCAGGAAAAAUGUUCCAACUUCUAAUGCACAGCAAAGCUUCAUAGCAUCGCUAAAUCUGUGUAGCAGAUUCGUUGCCCAUAUACCCAUAAGGGUCUUUGAAGAAUUAAAAUUUAAUGUACUUUACAGUAGAAACUAUGAGGUCAGGAGGAGACUGGCCACGAGUAACCACGAGUAACCAACUUUGUUCUUAAAAGAUAAUUAGUUGGUUACUCGUGGAAAUUCCUCCUAAAAAAGCAAUUUUAGCCAUUAUAAAAAUGCCUAGAAAUCUAUUAAGUUUUCUAUAAAGGGAGAAUAAUAAAAAUUGUCUUGUGACGCCACGUCGCACGAUGUCAAGGCACGGUUAAGCGUGACACGAAAUGUCACACAGAAAUUGCCUUAUUCUAAUUGUUCUAAAAUAGGUAUGAUGAAGUCAAACAUAACAAAUAAAAAGCCACCAGGGUCUUAUUUUUGUAUGGCCACUUUUUGAGAUUCAAAAUUUUGAGACAUAAUACUUAAAUAGGGGGACUUGGAGAACAAAAGAAUCCGACCCCUCCCUGUCCCCUCCAUUCAAAGUUGGGGUGUUUGUUGUUUUCUAUAGGGCUUUGCACGGAGGGGAUGGGGGAGGAAAGCUAUAUUAAAUAAAAAGCCCACUUUUGGGCUAAGUGUUCAACUCAUCAAGGUUUUUAGUAAAUCCUCUGUUCAAUCAAUUUUAAACUUCCCAUGAGCACUCCAGUAAUAAGAAAAAUUUAGCACUGUGUCUAUUCACUUACCAUUUAAAUUUGUUUUUCAGGUUGCACCAGUUAAGGAGGUCUUCCGUUUGCAAAGAGAUGACGAAUUAAAAGAGGCAGAAAAGAAAUACCUUCCUGAGAAAUAAUAUUGUUACUCAAUUAAAAAAAUAAAAUGUAUGAUGAAUAUAAUGAAUGAUUGAAUCAAGUUACAUUUAAACAAGUUGUGUGCUCCUUUUUUGAUGAAAUGAGAUAAUAUUAUUGCGCUGUUUACAUUAAUUUUUACUUGUUUUUUUUUUCCUCAACAUUUUUUCAUUUUUUUUCAGUUGUCCGUACAUGUUGUCACAGGAGAUGGAGAAGUGAGCCAUCAGUAUCAGUGUAAU